AUGUCUUCUGGAAAAAAGUUCCCCCAGUACCUGGCGGCAGUGUGCGUCUCCAUAGGUGCCUUCGGCACGGGAAGUGUCAUAGGAUGGACCUCGAAUAUCUGCGAAGACCUAAAGAAUGGCAAAUUGAAUGAACUUGAGAUGGACGACGAUCAGCUGGGAUGGUCAGGAUCAUGCAUGACUUUAGGCGCAAUGAUCAUGUGCAUUCCAAUGGGCUUCAUCUGUGAAAUGAUCGGAAGAAAGGGCGCUGCGUUGAUAGCAGCCAUUCCUCUUUUUCUAGGAUGGGUCAUAAUAUUGUUUGCUAACCACAAAGGCAUAGUGUACGCCGGUAGAAUCCUUUGCGGAAUAGGAGGUGGGUCGUUCUGUGUGUGCGGGCCGCUGUACACUAGCGAAAUAUCAGAACCAGAAAUCAGAGGAACUUUAGGUACCUUCUUCCAGUUAUUCAUCACAAUCGGAAUCUUGUUCUCUAAUGUUUUCGGAUAUGCCAUGCCAUCUAUACGGCUAUUCACAUAG